AUGGCACAGUCUCAGUCCCAAUCAAGCUCACCGCCGUCGCAUGUUGACAUCCUCACACUUGACAACAUCUUGACAAAGGUUCCCUUGUACGACCCCAAGGCUGCAAACCAACUGUUCUCGCUCAUUGACUGUGGCAGCAAUGGAAUCCGCUUCUCGGUCUCGGACCUCUCACUAGGCUCAGCUCGCCUUCUCCCAUGCAUACACCGGGAACGGGCCCCCAUAUCUCUCCUCGACUCGCUGAUGGAAGGCAAGGUCAUGUAUGGAGAAGAACGCUUCCCCCCAUCCACCAUCGAGCUUGUUGCGCAGACCAUGGCCAAGUUCUGCAGAACCGCUUAUGAGGGCCACAACGUCCCCAAGGCAAACAUGUUCAUGUUCGCCACCGAGGCCAUGCGUCGUUCUACCAACGCCGGCGAGAUGCUCGAGGCCAUCCACAAAGCCUGUCCGGACUUGAAGUGUCACAUUGCUGAGCCCGGUGUCGAGACGUUUUUGGGUGGCAUGGGUGCCCGUUCCGGCUCGUACAAAUUUCGAGGUCUCUGCGUCGAUCUCGGGGGUGGCAGUCUGCAGAUGAGCUGGUUCAAUACGGACGAUGCUGUCCGCCACGCUUCCGGGGUUCACCAAGGCGGCACUACCGAUUCCGACAAGAACCCUAACAGACACUAUGGUAUCGCCGCCGCUCGUGCUGGCCAGAGUCUGCCUUUCGGCGCUGCUCGGGUCAUCCACAUCCUCAAGAACGAGCCAGUCGAGGUCAGGGAGGCAGAGAUGUCCAGCUACCAUGAAAAGCUGACCGAAGUCUUUGCCAACCUUUGCAAGACCUGGCCUGACCUCGCUGCAGACGCUGCCGAGGAUGGCCCGGGCGUUCAGAUGUACGUCUUCGGCGGCGGCCUCCGUGGUUAUGGGAGCAUGCUCCACUUCAACGACCCGGUGCAGCCUCAUCCCAUUGCCGGUGUCGGCUCCUACUUUGUCUCAGGCGCCUACUUUACAGAGACCAAGAGGAUGCUUGAGGUCAACAACAAGCACAAAGGCAAGAUUCCUGGUAUGUCGUCUCGCCGCCGGGAUCAGUUCGAUGCCAUCUGUGCGGUUGUGGAUGGAAUAUGUGCCGUGGUUCCCAAGAUCAAGCGGGUUACAUUCUGUGGUGGCGGCAACCGCGAGGGCGCCCUGAUGACGAUCCUCCCCGAAUCGAUCCGCGAGAGCAACCCCUUGGCCCUUUUGGGACGCGGCGAAAUCCCUCCCAUUCUCGCUCAACCAUCAGCCGCUAGCACGUUCGUCCGGAUCCUGGAGGAAGCCCUGCCCGAGACGUUGACAAGCCAGAAGCUGGGCCCCUCCACUGUUGAAUCGCUCGGGCUGACUGAGCUCUUUAUCCGAAGUCUCUGGACCAAUCUCGACUCGCACGUGAAAAAGAAGCGCAGCGCCUCGGCGGCUAUGCACCAUGCUUUGGCCCGAGACCCCGACUGUCCCGGUCUGGGACAUCUCGAGCGUGCCGUCUUGGCCGUGACAAUGGUCGCCUACCGAGGAGGCGUUGUCCGACGCUCCGACCAUUCGCUGUACGAGCGUCUCCGCGGCGUCGUCUCGGCAGCGGAUGAUCCCUCAUCGUCGCAUGCUGGCAAAAAGGACCACGGCCAAGAAACCAGCCAAAGCCUCUUCUGGGCCGACUAUAUCGGCCGUGUAGCCGCCGCCAUGGUCAAGGCCACGAUCGCCUACCCCACCGACGUGCUCCAAGUCGGCGAGCCUGUCCCCAUCAAAUUUGGUGCCGUCGAGACCGGCAGCGGAGAGGACAGGCUGGUCGUGCUCAAAAUGGGUGUUGCCUUCCCACCACAUAUUUCCAGCGACUUCAAGCUGGAUGAUCUCGUCGAGGGCUUCAAGGAUGUGGGCAAGCACCAGAAGCUUGGAAAGGUGGUGGCCACUGCACAUGACGUCUCGGGCAACUAA